GCUGGCCGGAGGCAGGGAGCUGGGGUGCAGAGGAGGGUAGGGCUGGGCGAGCGCACGGCCAUGGCCCCGUGGAUGCAGCUCUGCUCCGUCUUCUUCACGGUCAACGCCUGCCUCAACGGCUCGCAGCUGGCCGUGGCCGCGGGCGGCUCCAGCAGAGCGCGGGGCGCAGACACCUGCGGCUGGAGGGGAGUGGGGCCGGCCAGCCGAAACAGCGGGCUGCACAACAUCACCUUCAGAUAUGACAACUGCACCACUUACUUGAAUCCAGUGGGGAAGCAUGUGAUUGCUGAUGCCCAGAACAUCACCAUCAGUCAGUACGCUUGCCACGACCAAGUGGCAGUCACCAUUCUUUGGUCCCCAGGGGCUCUUGGCAUCGAAUUCCUAAAAGGAUUUCGAGUAAUACUGGAGGAGCUGAAGUCGGAGGGAAGACGGUGCCAACAACUGAUUCUAAAGGACCCAAAGCAGCUAAACAGUAGCUUCAAAAGAACCGGAAUGGAAUCUCAACCUUUCCUGAGUAUGAAAUUUGAAACAGAUUACUUUGUGAAGAUUGUCCCUUUUCCUUCCAUUAAAAAUGAAAGCAAUUACCACCCUUUCUUCUUCAGAACCCGUGCCUGUGACCUGUUGCUACAGCCGGACAACCUGGCCUGUAAGCCCUUCUGGAAGCCUCGGAACCUGAACAUCACUCAGCACGGUUUGGACAUGCAGGUGUCCUUUGAUCACGCGCCACACACCUUUGGCUUCCGUUUCUUCUAUCUUCACUAUAAGCUCAAGCACGAAGGGCCUUUCAAGAGAAAGACCUGUAAACAGGAGCAAAAUACAGAGACAACCAGCUGCCUCCUUCAGAAUGUUUCUCCUGGGGAUUAUAUAAUUGAGCUGGUGGAUGACACUAAUACAACAAGAAAAGUGAUGCAUUAUGUCUUAAAGCCAGCGCAUUCCCCGUGGGCGGGGCCCAUCAGGGCUGUCGCCAUCACUGUGCCACUGGUUGUCAUCUCGGCAUUUGCGACCCUCUUCACCGUGAUGUGCCGCAAGAAACAACAAGAAAAUAUAUAUUCACAUUUAGAUGAAGAGAGUUCUGAGUCCUCCUCGUACACCACGGCGCUCCCCAGGGAGAGGCUCCGGCCGAGGCCGAAGGUCUUCCUCUGCUAUUCCAGCAAAGAUGGCCAGAAUCACAUGAACGUUGUCCGGUGUUUUGCCUACUUCCUCCAGGACUUCUGUGGCUGUGAGGUGGCUCUGGACCUGUGGGAGGACUUCAGCCUCUGCAGAGAAGGGCAGAGAGAAUGGGUCAUCCAGAAGAUCCACGAGUCCCAAUUCAUCAUCGUGGUGUGUUCCAAAGGCAUGAAGUACUUUGUGGACAAGAAGAGCUACAAGCACAAGGGCAGUGGCCGGGGCUCGGGGAAGGGGGAGCUCUUCCUGGUGGCCAUGUCGGCCAUCGCUGAAAAGCUCCGCCAGGCCAAGCAGAGCUCCUCAGCCCAGCUCAGCAAGUUCAUCGCCGUUUACUUCGAUUAUUCCUGUGAGGGCGAUGUUCCCGGCAUCCUGGACCUGAGCACCAAGUACAAGCUCAUGGACAACCUUCCCCAGCUCUGUUCCCACCUGCACUCCCGAGACCACGGCCUCCCGGAGCCGGGGCAGUACCCCGGACAGGUGAGCAGAAGGAACUACUUUCGCAGCAAGUCCGGCCGGUCCCUUUAUGUUGCCAUAUGCAACAUGCACCAGUUUAUCGAUGAGGAGCCCGACUGGUUUGAGAAGCAGUUCGUCCCCCUCCGUCCUCCCCCCCUCCACUCCCGGGAGCCAGUGUUGGAGAAGUUUGACUCGGGCUUGGUGUUAAAUGAUGUCAUGUGCAAACCAGGGCCCGACGGCGAUUUCUGCCUCAAGGCUGAGGCCGCGAUCCCCGGGGUGCUGGCCGACUCGCCCUUGGAGGGCCCACACUUGGGCCUGGACCAAGACGUGGAGGCGGGGCCCGGGCCGGGGGGCGGCUCAGUCCUGCGGCCACUGCUGCACCCCGGGAAAGCCGCCAGCCCCUCAGACAUGCCUCGAGACUCGGGCAUCUACGACUCGUCCGUGCCCUCCUCGGAGCUGUCCCUGCCCCUAAUGGAAGGACUCUCGGCAGAUCAGACAGAAACAUCUUCGCUGACAGAGAGCGUGUCGUCCUCCUCUGGCCUGGGUGAGGAGGAUCCUCCUGCCUUCCCUUCCAAGCUCCUCGCCUCUGGGGCGUGCAAAGCAGAACCUGGUUGCUGCAGCUACCCUGGUGAACUCCACGUGGUCGCCCCUUUGUAACAAAAUGGAAGAAGAAUCUAAGCAUUGCCACUUUAGCUGCUGCCUCUGUCUGGUCCCCCAGCUCUUCUCUCUGGUUGCGCAGUCCACUUGGAGCUGAGGUCUCCGACAAGGAUAUUUGGAGUGAAAUUUGGGCCAGUACUUGCUCUCCUUGCCCCAUCCCUCUACCUGCUAUCUUGGCAAAGUCUCCAAUUUUCUAAAAUCAUAUGGAUAUCUCUGAAAGGCAUAUCCGUAAGGCCGGACAGCAGCUUGUCCCGUUAGGUCAGACCUUGGAUCAGAGCCAGUUCUGGGAGGUAGGGAGGAAACAUGCACAGAGAAACAGGAACAUACCUGCACUGAUCACUCAGAUUUUAUUUAUCUCUGCAAACUUUGCCUGUUUGCUGUUGGCUACUUUGAUGUGAAAUGCUUUGUGGGAGAAGCACUUUUAGUACCAUUCUAGCUACAGAAACCAAGUGCCAGUCUAUCUGGAAUCCAUGUUGCUACGGAUGAUGUUCUUGUCUGGUUUUGGUGUAGAAUUUACAGUGCUAUGGAUGUCAGAAAAGCUCCGAGUUAAAGGUCAAGAAGGGAACUGAGUAUAUGACCACCUUUCAUAAAAUGAGUCUUUACAUAUUAGGGGGUGCCGUGGCUGCCUGAGGUGGGGGCUGCGGGGUCAGGCUGACCAUCUUGACAGUUUUUUCUGACAUAGGUUGGUCAUUGUGCAGAAAGCACCAAAACUCAGAGCACGGGACCGCCUCUCGGUCUGAGUAGGCAUCAUGUGGGGGCCAGAUCUGCCUGCCAAGUUUCCCUGGGUUCCAUUUACUGUGCAGUAUCUCAGAUGUUGCUGCCUGGAAGUUUAUUUUUAAAAGACGAAUACCCAACUGGGCUGUCUUACUGGAAGCUGGAGUUCAUGCUUCAGUGGGCUUCUGAUCUAAAGCUGUGUCCAGGAUAGUAGGGACCAGGACCGACUGAAAUAUGGCCGUGUUUGCAGGUGGCAGCCGCUUACUUUGCUGAACUGCUUUCGACUAAUGAUAAGUCUCAUUUUAAGAAGGUGAGAAGGAGGGAACUGUCACAAAGAUGAGUGUGCUCUUCUAAUAGCAUCUGAAGAAGACAGGAGACCUGAAGUCAUUGAAUUCUUGAAUCUUAAAGUACUCCCCGCCCCCACCCUACCCCCCAACAACCCAGCCUGUGAAUCAUGUUUCACUGUGUGUUUCUGUUGUACUCACCCAGUGAAAGAUUUGUCUCUUGUGCUCUCUCCUACCAAAAAUAGCUAUUAAGAGCUUAGGGAGAAAGAAUUUGCUUUAAGAAGGAAAAGUAAAUGUUUUGUUUCUGUGAAUGAUGUUUCUACAGAAUUUCUGUUUCCAAAAGGGAAAACAGUUGUUCAAAUCCUGUUGGUCUAUUAGGUGUGUGGGUAAUGAUGCCUUGGUCUUCCCUGUGGAAACCCUUCUCCCCAUGUCCUUGAGGGGUUGUGAGCAUCCUUCUCUACCUUUUUCAUGGGUGCUAUUGGAUUUGGGCACCCUGCUUUUACUCAGCACUCACACAGGGGACCCCGGGUUUUAUUCCUUUAGCAGAUAGGACCAAUAUCAAGGGAGAUACUGAGGAACAUCUCAAGGAGGGGUGGGAGGUGGAACGGGGCAUGACUUUUCCAUCUAAGCACAUGCUUGGCAGGUGGGGAAGGGAAGAUUUGCAGACUUGCUGGAAAGAAGAGAUGUGUGUGUAUUUUUGAUGCAAAUGCCACACUCCAUGUUCUGGAAAGGCAGCUGACGGCUUCUUGGGAGAAGAACGUGCUUGUCUGUUCUCCGGCAUCGAGUUUCCUGCAGCUGCUCUGAAGGGGAGACAAGUGAGCUGCAGAACUGUCUCCCCCAUGAAACCAGGCAUCUUGUUGGAGAAGAGAUGUUCCAUGUCACUGUGGAAUCUGGGACACAUGCAGAGCUUCUGCCCCCACGUGACUGUCCUGCCAUUCUGCCGUCAGGAUAAGUUCUGCAAUGGAGAUUGGUCAGUCCAAACUUACUGACGUGAAAAUUCAUUUGGAACAUUAUCGGAGAGAUUGAGGCCAAGAAACGGUGCAUGCUCCAAAGGAACCACUAGGAGCUACUUUUAGGAUAUUCAGCUUUGCACAUAAAAUGAGGCAUCUGUGAGAAAGCGAGCCCCGGCAUAGCAUGGAGGACUGGGGGGUGGGGGGAGCAUUGGCUGAGCUCCACGAGCGUGAGCAGAGAGCUUGCUAAAUGAACUUACUUCUUAUGAAAAUGCAAGGGAAAAAAUAUGGUAGACCAAAAAUCAGGUAAAGUUUUAGUUUGGAUUUAGGGUUUGGAUACCUGUUUUUAAGUACUAAUGUUUCUCAUGUUCAACACAAUCAGAUUCUAACAUUCCAAGUAGCAAAACCAUAGUAUGAAUGCCUAAGGCAGACUAAGUUGAGAUGUCCCAACUUGGUGGUUUUGCCUUAUUAGUUUCUCUUCUUCUUCUUUUUAAACCCUCUCCAUCUCGUGCUGGGAAUGAGAACAGUUGCCUUGCAGAUUAAGGCAAAACAUGUUUUAAGCAGAGCUGCAUUCUUUGACUGACAUUGUCCCAGAUAAGGGAAAUGAUAAGACAGAAUUCAGAUAAAAGUUCUGCCAAAUCACAGGCUUUUAGAAAUUGGGGCUACAAGAAUUAGAAUAUAGGGAUGGUCUCCAUGAAAAGCCGUGAUCCUGAGAACAAGAGGAUUGUGUGACUAAGAUAGCCGGUGUCCUCUGAGCAGGAGACCGGAGGUGGGUGCAAGGAACCAGGUAAGCAAGUCUUGAAAGGGAGUUGAAGGUAGGGAGCUAGUCAUUCAUCUUAACUCACCAGUACCCUACAGAAAGGACUUAGCAUCGGACAUAGCUUUGCAGAGGGGGAGGGAUCAGGGAGCUGGAAGCCCAGGUAAGUAAAGGUGUGCUUUUCUACCAGAGGUUGGCUCCAGGCAACAAGAACCACCUGGACAGACCCAGCCCAGCCACACAAUGGGGGCAGAAUGUCCUCCAGAGGCCCAAAUCCUGGGCCUUGAGGCACAUUGGUCUCCAGAAAGAAUCGGAAGUUAUUGAGGUCCAGGCCCAGGGUUGGGUGACCAGCUAGGUAAUAGCAUUUUGAGCCAAAAAUGAGAUGGGGCCUUAAAGUCAUGAGACAGGCUUUGGCUGACACAUUAGUAAUAACUGAAGACAGUCCCAGAGCACAAGUUCAAAAAAUGUCUUUAGCAGCUAUGACAUCAUUGGAAUCACUGUGUAGUAAUUUAAGUUCAUUUAUGUUUGUAUAUCAGAGUUCAGUCUUGCUACUUCAUUGCUGCUAAUGUCUUUUUCUUUCUUUUUUUUUUUUAAACCAACCCCUCAUCUCAGGUUCCCUGACUUAAGCACAGAUAAACAGGAAGACUGUCCUUCCAAAAAUGUGGAGUUACAUGAUUUUCAGAGCUUGCCCUUUUUUCAGAAUUGAGCAACUUUUAAAAGAAACAAAGGAAGAAAAAAGCUAAGAAAUGAUACACCCUCCUCUUAAAGAAAACCCCAUGAUCCCCAAUAGCCUCAGCACUAAUUUGGCUCUUUUAGGGGAGAAUUAUUCUUUGUGUCCUUAUUGGAGAGAGGUGGACAAUACCAAUGUGAAGGUUAUUAGCCUUUUCUGUUUUCUGUUGUUUGUGAAGACUGCUGUUCUUAGAGCAGAUGUCUGUAGGGGGUACCAGUGCAACAGGCCAGGAGUAAUGAUAAAUAAGGUGUGAUAAAUGGCAACCACCUGCCUUCUCAGUGUCAGAGAGACCAUAGGGCCUGGUGGUGACUGUGGCAAACUGAAGUGCUUCCUGUCCCACCUGUAGGAAGGCAGCUCUUCCAGUCAGUUGUGGACAUGUAGUGUUUACUGAUUUUUCCAUUUUUCAAGAGAAGCUGAGAAUAUGGAUUUUUUUUUAAGUAGGCUCCAUGCCCAACGUGGAGCCCAGUGCGAGACUUGAACUCAUGAUUCCAAGAUCAAGACCUGAGCUGAUAUCAAGAGUCGGACGCUUAACCCAACUGAGCCACCCAGGCACUCCGAGAAUCUGAAUUUUUAUAUGAAAAAUUACAAUUUUUUAAAGUAUUGGCAAUUAAAUUUUUUUUUUUUUUCAAUUCAGGCUCAACAGAACACAUGAGUGGGCCUGAUUUGGCCCACUAGCUGCCAGUUUGCCACUUCUGCCUUGUAAUGUUUGAAAUGAAAAGCAUUCGUGGUAAUUACAGAUGUCUGGUAUCACCAGAAAAUGAUCUUGCUAAAUGCAGCUGGUGGCUGGAUUGCUUUCUCCCCACCUUGCUCCCCCAAAGAAGUCUGAUAUGAUUGUGAAUGUAUGUUAUCAAUAUACAUUCACAAUUAUCAAGCCCUUGCACAACAAGAGCUAUGAAGAAUGGUUUAAGUAGGUGGGAUUAUUUACCACUGAAAUAAAAUUUACUCUUCAUGGCGCCUUAAGAGAAAGGCAAGCCAGUUACUAAUUUCAAAAUCAGAUUUAUAAGGGGUGCCUGACUAGCUCAGUUGGUAGAGUGUGUGACUCUUGAUCUUGGGGUUAUAAGUUCAAGCCCCACGUUGGGUGUAGAGAUUACUUAAAAAAUAAAACCUUAAAAAACAAAAAAAAUCAGAUUUAUGUUCUCCAAUUUAAAAAACAUAACACUUGGAACAAUUUUCAUUUAAACUGCACAACCUACAGGACGUAUUUAUAGUUUUAGUUCUUGGCUUAAUAAUUUUUUAAACGAUGUGCAAUUCUGCGCUUCAGCCAAGACUUAAUGAGAAAAGCAGGGAUUGUAGGGAGUGGGGCAAGGAAUCCCCGAGUGUCCACUAGAGCCAGGCCACUUGCGUUGUCUUCUGUUUGAAAUGAUCUGUGAAUUGACUCUGUUUUGGAGAUGUGAAACAGUAUAUGGAGAAAAGCUUUUCCUGAUACUGAGAGAUCAGUUAGGAGUCCUCGUGGGGUGUUGGGUCAUCCUUUCUAUGUCACCUCCUUUCCAGGCUCAGGGUGGAAGUAAACAAAAGGAAGUCUGACUGUAAACCAAUAGCUUGGAUUCCAAUUUCAGAGUUUUGGAGCUGGGAGAAAGUUUGGAUUAUCUAGCAUGUCUUCCCCCCCGCUGGUGUCAGCCAGGGCUGAGCCUGAAUUAUUUCAGACAUAUGGCUGUGGAUGGGAUUCUGGAUUUUCAGGGAGGGAAAUUCAGUAACCUACCCUGCUGAUCAGAUAGUCCUUUGUACGUCUUACAGAAAUUCAAACCAGCCUUCUUUUGUUCUGCACAUUGUGGAAAAAGAACAGCUGGUUACCUUCCGUGUAUUUGAAAACCGCAGUGAAGUCAUCCCCCUGGUGUUUUUAUUUCAGUGGUAAAUAAUCCCACCUACUUAAACCAUUCUUCAUAGCUCUUGUUUUGCAAGGGCUUGAUAAUUUUCACUGCUAUUCUGUGUCUCGGCUUCACGCUCAGUUUGGUUGUGCAAACAGAACAUGGUGCCUGACUCGCAUUGGUGCCUUGUGAAGGCCAAGCUCAGGAUGGGAUUACAGGGAAAUCCUCACGUGCCUGGCUUCUCUUACUACUUAAAACUAUAGUGGCACUUUUAGAAAGUGGUAUAUUGCCUGUAUUCAUUUUGAGGAUUACUUGAUCGCCACAUCCAAUCCCCCCCCCCCCCCCCCCCCCCCCGCCCAGCAAUAGCCUGUUAUGUUUUCCUCCCCCUCUUGUGGUCAGACACUUGGUGCUUAUUCUUGAUGUGUUUAAUGCCAUUCCUGAGUUUCUUCAAGACCAACUCUGAGUGGCAGCUCCCCCGCCCUCCCAAUUAUAGAUUCUAUUUUUACAUAUCUCUAGACAUCACCUUUAACUCGUGACUCACAAUAUUAGUUUAACCACUGGCAGGAUCGAGAAUGGUUGCUAAGGGCUAAUUUGCAAAGAGAGUGAGGGACGACCUCUUGGGAAUUUUGGCCAGUUGCCUCCCCUCCUGUUCUUUGGUUCCUCCCUGAAAUUCGGCUGGGACCGCAGACUCCCCCAGGAGCUUUCCUGGGUUCUGAAGGGCUGGGGCCAUGACUCUGAAUUGACUCAGCACUGUGUUUGCACAAUCAGAAGUCUGACAAAAGCAAUCCAAUUAUGAUCAUAUCUGAUGUUUAUGUCAUAAAAUUUCAGUCAAGAAGAUUCAAAGAAGCAUUUUUCUGUUUGUACACAAUGGGGACAAAGUUGGCUUCUCCAUCCGUUAGACAAAAAAAUUAUCGUCAUGUCACACUAACCUGUAACUGUUAUUUAAAAGUUUUGUUUUUUUCCUCAAGAAAAAACAUGGUGAGUCUGGACAGAGCAAAAACUUUUGUAAAAACCACAUGUGUUCUUUUAGAGAGUAGGUAACUUCUAUUUUCACCUUUUUUUUUUUUUUAACUACAGAAGCUCCCUGUUACUACGUUCUGGGCAGGGGGAAGCCUGUGGAACAUGAACAUGGUGAUUGUUGUCAUUGUCUUUGUUUCAUCUUUAAGAUUGUCCUUGGUGGGGUUUGGAGGAAUAGUGAGCACUGACAGACUAUAGCAGUGUGCUGUAUUUUUACAUUGAAAACGAUGUCUUAUUUGAUUUGUACAUAACUGUAAAUAGGUGACAGUAGGUCACAGCUGACAUUUGCAAAAUGUUGUUUUUGUACCUUAGAAUUUCUGCACCAAAUAAAAUGUUUCAAGAUUG